GAGCCGCGGACCGCUGCAGAGCACUCCCUCCCCGCGCCGCGCGGGCGGAGGAGAGCCCGGGGGCGCAGAACCUCCCCGGUAUAGGUUCGGGGAGCCUGGCGGGAACGGCAGCAGGGGCGAGGGAGAGGGGGCCCGCCGGCGGCGGGAAUCCCUCCUUUCCUAAGCACCAGAGGAGAUCCGGGGGAGACCGGGCCCUCCCACCCCUAGCUCUCCAUCGAGUGAAAUGGAGGGGAGGAGAGCGAGGUUGUCAUCCACCCCCACGACGAGCAGCAGCUUGGGAGUUCCUCCCACGCGUCCCCGGCCCGCGUGGCCCUCCUACGGAGUGAGGCCCGGGGAUCCUCUCCUCCUCCUUGUCAACACUCCCACUCCCCCUGAGAAAUGCACGUUCCCCCAACCCCAGCUCCCGGGCCAGGGACCGCGGGAUCCACCGCGCCCACACGGCCACCGAGGAGGGAAUCCUCCUACGCCGAGCCGGUGUGAUCUGGGGUCGUUCCCCCACGCUCCUCUCCUCUCCUCCCCCUCUCCCGCGGCCCGGCCGCGCGCUCUCCGAGAACAGGCCUCGGGGAACGUAUCAGCCGCCCCCGGGAUCUCUGCCUCCCCCGGGAGGUGACAGCGCUCGGGGUCGGCUAACAGGCGGCCCUUGACUGCAGGGCACCCGGCACUCAGCCACGGGGACAGCCCUGUGUAAGGCGAGGGGGAGGGCAGAGACCAGGGGAGGUCGCCGCGGUGGUUCGGAGACUGUGGGUUCGGCAGACUCUUGCCGCAACUCGGUGGCUCGCCCUUCGCAGGAAGCACUACACAGCGACUGCGUCUGGGCCUGCUGGGCCCUCCUGCCAUCCCGUGGUUCAAGGGGUGCUUUGGAACCAAUAGGGGAUUUUUGGAGGGUUUGGUGCACAUGUUUCCUAUCCCCUCGACUUCACUCCUUCACCACCAAAAUUGCACACCCUCGACCUCCCGAGGUGCGGGGUUCUCGCCUCCAGGGCAGCCGUUCUGCAGCUACCAAUCUCCCCAACACUACGCUCAGCCUGGUGUCAGCUCAGGGUCAGGGGCCCAGGGAGCAGCAGGAAUGUGGGCGGCAAACCCUAGGGAGGGCGGCACAAAAGUUCCCGAGGUGCUCGACCUGAGACCCCUCACCCGCUGGAAUCCUCCUCAGAGGAACUUUGUCCCAGUCCCAGGUGAGAGGAGUCCUGGACAGGAAAGGAGCGGUGCGGGGUCGGGGUCGGAGCGCACACCUUCCGGGUUCCCCAGAAGUUCCCAGGCUGCAAAGGGAACCCCGCUGUGUGUUUUCAAUCCUUUUUCUUCCUGCUGGGGGGAGAGUGUCGGAGGCCACUUGCAAACCACCCCACCUCACUGCCCCCCGCCCCGCCCUGCGAUCCUAUAAGCGCGCUCUCUCCAAGUGCCGACACCAAAUAAACAUACAGGAGGCUAUUGCUCUUUCGACCCCGCGCUGCGCGCUUUACGCUUCACUUUCAAUUACAUCCCUCUUUCCUCUCGCCUCUCGAAUUUUCUUUCCUUCUUCUCUUCUAUUUCUCUCUUUUUUUUUUAAGAUCCGCGAGCGGUGCGGGCGCCGCACGUUGGCUGCGGCCCGCUUCCUGCUUUCUAAUGUUCCAUUGUGAGGAGCUUCCAUUGUGACGUCGCGCCCCUUCGGCUGGGCUUUGUCUGUCCAUAUAUGGGCAGCUACGUCACGGAGCUUUCCCGGGGCUCAGAUAAAUAGGCUGGUGGAGUUCCCUGGCUGGGAGCUUUUGGGCAGCAGUGAGCUUGCUAGGAAGCGGCGGGGCUGGUGCUGGCGGUAGCAGCGGCAGCGGCAGCGGCAGAGGCGGCUGGCAGAGGCAGUGGCGGCGGUGGCGGUGGCGGAUCGGGGGGCGGGGGGGCCGCGGGCGCGCGUCUGUUGGUGAUAUCAAUAUUGAGGCCGCGUGCGACCCCCUUGGACCGAGAUCUCCCCACCCCACCCCAACCCAGCCCCCACCCACCUCGCGCACACGCCCCCCCACCACCACCACCACGACCCAGCCUCCUACCACGGCGCCAGCUGAGGCAUCCAAGAGGAUUACCCACCCUUUGCCCUCUCCCCCACCCACCCCUCAAAAAAGAGAAGAUCCCUUCCCCAGGCCCACCCCUUCCCCUCUUCCCUCCCCCCUCCCCCCGAACUUUCCCUCUCGCAUGCUUUUCCCCUGCACCACCGAUCGCCUCUCGGAUGCCGCUUGCCUGGAAGCUGCGUUAGGAGCGAGCGGCGGCGGCGGCGGCGGCAGCUCGGGAGUGCUAUGACCGGCAAACUCGCCGAGAAGCUGCCGGUGACCAUGAGCAGUUUGCUAAACCAACUGCCUGAUAAUCUGUACCCCGAGGAGAUCCCCAGCGCGCUCAACCUCUUUUCUGGCAGCAGCGACUCGGUAGCCCAUUACAAUCAGAUGGCUACAGAGAAUGUGAUGGACAUCGGUCUGACCAACGAGAAGCCCAACCCGGAACUCUCAUAUUCGGGCUCCUUCCAGCCAGCCCCCGGCAACAAGACCGUGACCUACUUGGGAAAGUUCGCCUUCGACUCCCCUUCCAACUGGUGCCAGGACAACAUCAUUAGCCUCAUGAGCGCCGGCAUUUUGGGGGUGCCCCCGGCCUCUGGGGCACUCAGCACGCAGACCUCCACGGCCAGCAUGGUGCAGCCGCCUCAGGGGGACGUGGAGGCCAUGUAUCCGGCGCUGCCCCCUUAUUCUAACUGCAGUGAUCUCUACUCGGAGCCUGUGUCUUUCCACGACCCCCAAGGCAACCCCGGGCUCGCCUAUUCUCCCCAGGAUUACCAAUCGGCCAAACCGGCCUUGGACAGCAACCUCUUCCCCAUGAUUCCCGACUACAAUCUAUACCACCACCCCAACGACAUGGGCUCCAUGCCGGAGCACAAGCCCUUCCAGGGCAUGGACCCCAUCCGGGUCAACCCGCCCCCUAUUACCCCGCUGGAGACCAUCAAGGCAUUCAAAGACAAGCAGAUCCACCCGGGCUUUGGCAGCCUGCCCCAGCCGCCGCUCACGCUCAAGCCCAUACGGCCUCGCAAGUACCCCAACCGACCUAGCAAGACCCCUCUCCACGAGCGGCCACACGCGUGCCCGGCGGAGGGCUGCGACCGCCGCUUCAGCCGCUCGGACGAGCUGACCCGGCAUCUGCGCAUCCACACGGGCCACAAGCCCUUCCAGUGCAGGAUCUGCAUGCGGAGCUUCAGCCGCAGCGACCACCUUACCACUCACAUCCGCACGCAUACGGGCGAGAAGCCCUUUGCCUGCGAGUUCUGCGGGCGCAAGUUUGCGCGCAGCGACGAGCGCAAGCGCCACGCCAAGAUCCACCUCAAGCAAAAGGAGAAGAAGGCGGAGAAGGGGGGUGCGCCUUCUGCGUCCUCGGCGGCCCCGGUGUCCCUGGCCCCUGUGGUCACCACCUGCGCCUGAGGCUCGGGCCCCCAGAUCCCACUUUUCCCCUUCAGUGUCUCCCGGUUGCUCGCCUGAAUGCGCAGCCGAAAAGCUAGCUACGGAGGCGCAGGGGCCGCGCCCUGGCCUCUCCAUGGACGUAAGGCCCCUUGUUUCCCUUCGCUGUCCCCCGUCUCCACCCUUUCACAUUGGCCGACGGUCGGGGGCCAGGGCAAGAGGCGCCUUCCCCUCGCUGCCCACCCCUUAGCCAAGGCGUGGGGGCGGAAAGGUGGCGUCUAGCCCGCUUUGUUCAGUUCGGAUCGUCUUGAUCCAGGGGCCGCCGGGCCGGGCCAAGGACCUGCCGGGGACUGAAGGCGGGGUCAGCCCAAGCCUCGCCGGACCCAAGCACCUCACGGUUCCCCCCACGUGUCCCUCGAUUCCCCCUCGAAGACCCGAGAGGGGGAGGGGGUAAGGAGCGCACCAAAGCGCAGAGCUUGCUGCCCGCCGCACGCACGCGCGCCUGCGUGCGGGGAUGCGCGCGAGUGUGCGUGCUCGCGUGUGUGUAUGUGUUAUGUGUGCGUGUGUGUGUUUCUGUGUGUGUGCGCGCGCGCGCACGCGUGUGUGUGAGACUCUUGAGCUGAACUGGGCUGUGUCCACCCUAAACUCUUCCCCACUUCGGGUCCCCGGGCCGCUAGGGAAACGUCCCAGCCUGGGGGCCUGCGCGUGGCGGGACGAGACGGUCUUCCAUCUGCUCAGAAAUAAUGUUUCUUACAGAAAUGCCUCGGAUGCCGCCGCCGCGGUGCUGCUACCGCCGCUUAGGGUUUGGCCCCUCAGAAUCCCUCCUUUUCCGAGCGCUUCCCUCUCAAGGCCUCAGGGCAGUUUGAUCUGCGGGGAGAAGGAGCAGCCAUCCUUGAACCUGCCUUUUUAGAAAUGUGUUUCCUCAGCCCCACUUUUUAAAAAUCUCUCUGAGUUUGCUCUCUGCCUUCCCCCGCCUUUCCCCUCUAAGCCUUUUACCAUCUCUUUCCAAAUCUUUUUUCCAAAAAGGCAGGCCUCAACCAGCCACCCCAUUUCGCCAUCUUUUUGUUUUCUCUCACUCACGUACCCAUUUCUCUUCCCACCAUUGAUUGGAAUGCAGCCUUUUUUUUUUCCCUUUGUCAUCAUCCAUACAACAGGUAGAAUUCAAAUUUAGGUAAAUGGCAUGUGUGUAUGUAUGGAUGUGUAUAAAUAUGUGUGUGUGUUCACACACACAUAUAUAUAUACACACACACAUAUAUAUAUAUGACCUGCACACAGUAUGUAUUUCUAGCAAAAUUAAAUCUCUAAGGUACUUGGCAAUCCAGUGCAGUGCACCGGAAUAAAGAGAACUUAUAGGCAUAUACAGCUUUAAACGAUUUAUUUUUUAUGAAAAAAAGGAACCAAUGAGACUGUAUCUGCCUAUGUGUGUAUGUGUAUGUGAGUAUGUAUAUAUGCAUCCAUAGAAACACAUAGACACACAUCAGUGUCCAAAUUUUCCUCAAGUUAUGGGGAUGUCUGCAUUAAUCCAUGUUGAUGAAUGAGGCACAUCUCUUCCAUACCCCAGUCUCACCUUCUCCCUGCCCUACCUCACCUCUUCUCAGGCACCCCCUCCUCCCCAGCCUCCUCCGCACAGGGGGAACUAUUUGGAUGUGGAGUAGUAGGGAAGCUGGCCUGAGACACAGCUUCCAGUGCAGUCUUGCCUGAAUGUACUGUUCCCUGUUAGCGUUAUUUCUCCUGGGGUCAGUAAGCUGCCCAGAGAGAAGGAAGACAGGUCUGGAGUUUACAGAAUGUCUGUUUUUAAAGUCACUUUAUGCGUUUCCCACUUUUUUUUUUUUUUUUAAGAAAAAAGCACCGGUUUUUUUGGUGGUGGAUAAAUAAUACUAAAAGGAAUCUAGUGAAAGGGGGAAAAAAUCAUAGAGCAAGAGGAUUGUGGAUUUCCAGGUACUUGGAUUUUUUGUAGAAGAAGAGAGAAGUGGAUGAAGUUUGCCAGGAGGGCCCAUAUUUUUUCAGCUGAAGGGUAAAAUCUUUCUUUGCAGAGACAGUAUUUUGCUGAAUACUUUUUAUAAUGUGAUGAUUAUUUAAAAAAAAACAAAAAUUUUGGUCACUUCAAAGCUGGAAGGAGGAAUCAGAUACCCUUUAAUAUUUUUUCCUUGCUCCUUCUGAUCUAUGCAUGUCACUGCAUGAUAAUUCUGAGUUUUCCUUUGUUUUAAUAAAACUGUUCUCAGACAUUUAAGCUAAACUAAGAGAAAAAUGACUUUGUUGCCAAAAGGUUGUGCUAUCCAGAUUUUUUAUAUGUCUGCAUGUUUUAAGAGAAAAAAAAAGAGAGAAAAUGCACUCUAACUUAUGUGAACUGAGAGAAAAAAAAAUCAGGUUUUAAACAGGAAAACCUAUGGGGAAUGAUAUUUUUUGAAAGACUUUUGUAUAAAGUUGAGUACUUAGAAAAAGACAAACCAGAUGUAAUAUAUUUUGUGGAUGUUUUUAUUUCUUGGAUUUAUAGUACCUUAUACUAAGGUUAAAAAAAUAUGCUUGAUAUUGUGAAAAGGUGAAAUUCUUCACCAACAUUUCAUUUGCUCCUUUGUCACAUUGUUAUGCCAAUAUAAUAUAGUUAAUGAAAACAGCAUUUUUAAAAACCGAAAUAUUGAAAUGGUGUCAUGUUGUACCAUUUGCACUGUGAGCAAAUGCUAAUACAGUAAAUAUAUUGUGUUUGCUGACAAUCAGCCGGCCUAUAAAUCUCCUUAUUUUAUUUCUUGUUUUCAUAGCAUAAAGUUUUGGUUUGGCUUGUGUUGUUUUUUUUUUUUUGUCUUGUUUUGUUUUUGGCUGGUAGUUGGUUUGAUAGGUGGUGCUUGUGCCUGGUUUUUGUGGUUCUUUCUCUGAGACCCUUUACCGUGGAAAGGUGGAGUCUGGCAUUAUUAGAAGGUGGUCAGAAUUUUGUGUGGGGUUCUGGUGUUUCCAGGUCCAUAUUGCGUGUUUACUGUGGUUCUCAGAGAAUUCCACUGUGGUUCUAAGGUUUCUCCUCCACCCUUCUGAGAGCCUCAAACUGCCAGAGAGAUUAGACGAACAGAUUAGAUAAGCUCAUGGGACUCUGGGCUGGACUCUUUCUCUCUGGUUUCCAAUGGGUAUUUGAGGGUAGAAGGGAGGGGAGCUCCUGGUUUAGGAUCUACUUCUCUGGUGGUUACAGUGAGCACCAGAGCAGGACCCAGGGUUGGGGGGUGAGUAUCUCUGCAGCCACACUCAGUCAUGCUCUAGUUGGAGCUUUUAAAGCUACUGAAAAGCAGAUAGAGAUUUGAGAGGGGUUCUUCAGGGUUGGCAAGAUCACUAGAGAGAGGGAGAGCUCUUCUUGUGGUCAGAUAAUUGGGAAAAAUCAGGUUUAAAAGCUCUACAACUCAGUCCUACUUGGACAGGGAGCGACCUGGAAAAGAGAGUCCUAGUUUUUAUGAACUACCCAAGGAUCCAAUGCUUAGAAGAGAAAGAACCCUGGAAUUUGGAGAAAUACAGGGAAUGUUUUCUAUAACAGUAAUCCCUCCCAUCUUACAAUUUCUAUCUCCCAUAGGAGUAAUGGUUUCCCUGCCCUCUGAACUUUCUUCUCUGGAACCUUGCUUUACCUUAACAGACUUUAUUUGCCAGCCCCAGAGCUUUUGCCAUUUCUCUUGAAGAGACACGUACUCUCCACUUCCUUCCUGUGUUCACAUCUCCAUCCUGCUCCUUAUUUCCCAUCGUUUAUAGAAUCCUUUAUCCUUGGGAGGCUUGUUCUAGAACAGUCUUUGGACAGAUCAGUCUCUCCCUCUCCAGCCUGCCCCCUGAAACACUCACUUGUGUUUCUUAGCCAUGCAUUUUGUAUCUUACCUGCCUCAGCAACAUGUAGGAGCUUGUUGUACAAUACAGAGCUAUGUCAGUGUACCAUGACAUUGUGACUUGGGAACAGCACCUGAGGUGCCAACCAGGCCAGCCAUCCAGUGACAGGAUGUCAUUGUGAUGUCCCUGCUUGAAAACCGUUCUAUCGUGCCCCCUGCCCUCCAUGCGGGCCCAUCAGAGUGAAAAAUACGGGUGGUAUUUCUGGUUGAGAGCAGACCUGGGUGGAGGAGGUGGGCUGUGGCUUAGAAAAGAAUGUUUUUGAUGUGAGAGAUCAAUACAGAGAAUGCAGUGUGCAAUCUCUCAUGUUCUCACCCACACAGCUCUAGGUCACUGGCUGCCAUCUUAAAUUCCCUUCUCUGGCCCUCAUGAAACUUGGAAACUUCCAAGCUGCAACUUUGUGUACAGCUGUAAGGAGGUAUCCUUCUUUUUUAACACAAGGAAUCCAAGAUGGCUGAAAAGUCCUAGUGAUGGAGAAUAUAGUCCAUCUCCUUGCUAAACUGGAUGAAUCCUUCCAGAUUUCCAUGUGUU